AUGGCGAUAUUUUCUGAAUUCACAAUAGAGAAGUGUACACGCACACCCGCGCAGAGAACCGAGUUAGACAAAAUAAUGCGUCCGAUUUUAUUCACACAGCACUUACUUGGACAGCAAGUCCUAGAUUCGGAUUGGAGUUGGUUAAAAUACGCCCACAUCCAUAUAAUAGCUGCUUGCAUAGUCGUUUACGUGACAUUCGGCACCCUCGAAGUAAUACAGACGACGAAUGCCUCAUUGCGCGCAGAAGGAUUCUAUACUUUUAUGAUUAUAAUCGGUUUGGUGUUAAAAUUCUUUUUGUCCAUUACAAACCGUGACAAUUUUCGAGAAAUGUACUUAACAGCGAAAACGAAGUUCUUUUCCUUCAUCAAAGAAGUUUCCGAAGAGACUAGUGCUUUUGUAUUAAAAAGAGCGCAGUUCAUAGUCCGCAUGCUUUUUGGAGUAAUAGUGUUUCCUGUAUCUUUCUAUUUCUUAACAGCAAUGUUCUAUUACGUCAAAGGAACCAGAGUGACACUAUCAAAGUCCACGUCAACCCUGAUGCCGAUGACGUCCCCGUACUAUGAAAUAGGGUUGGUACUGCAUGCUAUUUUUAUGACAUACGCUUCGUUCGUGGUGUUAAUCGUUGACAUGUGGUUUGUGUAUAUGAUGUUCUUCUUUUGCGUUGCAAGCGACUGUUUAAGUAAGACCCUAUGUGUGCCGAGAGAGAAUGGUGACACAGACGAAACUUAUGCGACGAAAUUGGACGCUGCUUUGAGAAGAUUUUAUGUACACCACGUUCAGCAAGUACGGUAUUUCAAUAUACUAAUUAAAAUGUUUAAAUGGAUGGCAGUGAUACCUCUGUGCCAUGUACUUAUAUGUAUGUGUUUGAUGUUGUUAAUAGUAAGUCAGGAAUUCAACUGGGCAUUUGUAUCCUUCGCGUCCAACAUAUUGCCUACGUUCGCAGAACUAUUCGCUUACAAUUGGUAUGGUGAGCAAGUUAAAACUAGGGCUAAUAACUUAAGCAUGGCGCUUCUUGACUUUGAUUGGACAUGCAUGAGACCUAAAGACAAGAAAAAGUUCCAUAUCAUUGUCACGUAUAUGAAAAGGGAAUUUGGUAUGAAGACCGCUUUUGGAAAUGAACUAUCGUUAGUAACAAUGACAUCGGUAUUAAAAGGCAGUUAUCAAGUUUUCGCCGCCAUGAAAUCGAUAGAAAAUUGAAGACAACACCGUAAAAGGUUUUAACUUAACGGCUUUUAAUAUUGUCGUGUUAUUAGUAGUUUUUAAACUUGAUGAAAACUACUAAUAACUAGCACCAAUAAACUUGAACUUAGCACCAUUAAAAAUGUAUUUAAAGUUUCUAUUAAACUACAACUAUUUCUCUAAGCAAUUAAUACAUUGAGUAUUGUUUCUUACAUUUAUACAUACAUAUUACAAACUUACCACUUUAUAUUAUUAUUAAUAAAAAUGAAAUAUGGACCACAUAUAUCAAGAAUUUAAUUUGGUUCCACUCAAAGUG